AUGAUAUUUGGCCAAGACCUACCAGUUCGCGGACCCUGGGUUCUUGGGGCAGCGAGGAUAGAAGUCAUGUUUGACCUUCAUGACAUCGACUACCACCUGUUUGACUAUCUCAGCGACGCACAGAACAAGUUGGCCAUCACAAA